GUUACAGAGUUCAACGUGGAAAGAAAAUCUGCGAAAAGAAGACCCACACCCCCUACUGGCCCGAGCCGUCCAUUGCUGCGGGAGACAUGAAGGUCAGAGCACCGGAGGACCAAAGGGGCAGGUCUGGAAAGGGGCGGGGCUCCUGUAGUGGGAGGAGCCAAGGCCCUGCCCCCUUCCGUAGGACGAGUCAUUUCCGUCCGCCGAGAAACAGAGAAAGAAGCCGGUGGAGUUGCGGGCAGAGCGCCUCGGGCCGGACUUCCCUGGUCGCAAGUGGCAGGCCGGCGCUAGGGAUGGCCGAGGUGGAGCCCCAGGGCCGCCUGUGGCUGGAGAGCCCCCCUGGGAGUGCGCCCCCCAUCUUCCUGCCCUCGGACGGGCAAGCCCUGGUCCUCGGCCGGGGACCCUUGACCCGGGUUACCGACCGGAAGUGCUCCAGAAACCAAGUGGAGCUGGUCGCAGACCCUGGGACUAAGACCGUGGCAGUGAAACAGCUGGGAAUUAACCCCUCAACUGCUGGGACCCAGGAGCUGAGUCCGGGGGCAGGCGGCUUUCUGAGGGUGGGGGACACACUGUAUUUGGUCAACGGCCUCCACCCGCUAACCCUGCGCUGGGAAGAGGCCCGCUCGUCUGAAUCCCAGCAAGACACUCCACCCCCACCCGGCACCUCUCCGGUGGCUGCAGACGCGUCAGGGGACGUUGAACCACCGAAGAAGAAGCGGAUGCGGAAGUCAUCCUCUGGCUGGGAGAAUUUGGAGAAGCUGCUAGUGUUUACAGCACCUGGGGUGAAGCCCCGGGGCAAGGUGGCCGCCUUUGAUCUGGAUGGGACCCUCAUCACCACCCGCUCUGGGAAGGUCUUUCCCACUGGCCCCAGUGACUGGAGGAUCUUGUACCUAGAGAUUCCCCGUAAGCUCCGGGAACUGGAUGCAGAAGGCUACAAGCUGGUGAUCUUCACCAACCAGAUGGGCAUCGGGCGCGGGAAGCUGCCGGCAGAGGAGUUCAAGGCCAAGGUGGAGGCUGUGGUCGAGAAGCUGGGCCUUCCCUUUCAGGUGCUGGUGGCCACGCACGCCGGCUUGUACCGGAAGCCGGUGAUCGGCAUGUGGGACCAUCUGCGGGAGCAGGCCAACGAGGGCGUGCCCAUCUCCGUAGGGGACAGUGUCUUUGUGGGAGACGCAGCUGGACGCCCAGCCAACUGGGCCCCAGGGCGGAAGAAGAAAGACUUCUCUUGUGCGGACCGUCUGUUUGCCCUCAACCUUGGCUUGCCCUUCGCCACGCCGGAGGAGUUCUUCCUGAAGUGGCCCAUCGCCAGCUUUGUGCUCCCCACCUUUGACCCGGUGAGGCCCUCGGGGCGGGAGGGGGUGGGGUGGGGGGAGGCGGGAGUCACACUCAUCAUGGCCACCUCUCCCUCCCAGAGAACCGUCUCCCCCUCGGGGCCGCUCUACCUCCCUGAGGCCAGCUCCCUCUUGAGUCACAGCCCUGAAGUGGUGGUCGCCGUGGGAUUUCCUGGGGCUGGCAAGACCACCUUCCUGCAGGAGCAUCUCGUGUCGGCUGGCUACGUCCACGUGAACCGGGACACCCUGGGCUCAUGGCAGCGCUGCGUGACCACGUGCGAGACCGCUCUAAAGCAAAGGAAACGGGUUGUGAUCGACAACACAAACCCGGACCCUCCCACCCGGGCCAGGUACCAGGGUCCCCCGGGUGACUCCUGUAGGGCGGGCCUGGGGCCCCUCACCAGCCCGGCCCCUUCCUGGCCCAACAGGUACAUUAAGUGCGCCCGGGACGCAGGGGUCCCUUGCCGCUGCUUCCUCUUCGGCGCCACGCUGGAGCAGGCGCGCCACAACAACCGGUUCCGAGAGAUGACCGGCUCCUCUCACGCCCCCGUGUCCGAUGUCGUCAUGUUUGGCUACAGAAAGCAGUUCGAGGCCCCGACGCUGGCGGAAGGCUUCUCGGCCAUCCUGGAAAUCCCGUUCCGGCUGAAUGUGGAGCCUCCCCUCGAGCGGCUGUACCGCCAGUUCUCAGAGGGCUGAGCUGCCCCCGCCCCCCAACCCCCAAUAAAUGGUUUUCCUUUAA